AUGACCCUCGCCCAUAAUUUGACACUGCGCCACCUAAACGCAAUCUAUCUCCAAGCCACUGGUGUUCAAAACUCUCAGGAUAUCCAAGAUUUUCUUUUCUUCUGCAAGACCUGGGUUGAUGAGCUUCACGCCCACCACGCAGGUGAAGAUGAAAUUCUGUUCCCCAUGCUGGACACCUUCACGGGCACAAAGGGAAUAAUGUCUAAGAGUGAGGAGCAGCACAACGCGUUCCUAGAUGGGGUGGAUGAAUUUUCCCAGUACAUCCAGAGAGUGACGGUGAGAGAAUAUGACGGGACUGAACUCCGCAGAAUUAUACAGGGUUUUGCCAAUCCAUUGCUUUUGCAUCUCCGGGAUGAGCCUAUUCAGCUGCUUCAGAUUGGAGAGAAAUUCGGAGGCGCGCGGCUAAAGAGCGUGUGGGACAAAUUUGAGUCAACUUUGAUUAAAGAGGGCAUGUCAAAGUGGGAUAAGCACAUAAUCCUCCCACUUGCGUUGGGCACGAACGACCAUGAUUUCGAGGGAGGCGCACAUGCUAAGUGGCCUCCAUUCCCGUUUUUCCUCCCCUUCCUGAUUCGCGUCUACUUUGGAAAACGACAUUCGGGUGCUUGGAGGUUCUUCCCCUGUUGGAACAGUAAGAAACGCAAUUUGGAAUUUGUGGGCGAGGGUUGGCAGGACUAUGAGAAAGCGAAGUAA